AUGAGACUGCUUUGCAUCUAUCUUACUCUAGCUAUCCCACAUGCCGUCUUUGCUAUGAUCAAGAUUAAUGGUCUUCAAAUCCUCAACAAUGCUUCUUCAGCGCCGCAUGGGGCAUGGGGAUAUGCUAGGAAUUAUUCGGAUUCCGAAAAGCUUAUGCCUUAUUAUACGAUAGGAAGUGCCGAUCUGGCUGCUGAUUUCUGCAGCAGUACUCAGCGUGUACCGUUCCAGAUCCCUCUAUGGCCGCGACUCAAAGCUUAUCCUGGAUCAACAAUCUGUCCUCACUAUACACUCGAGAAUUUGACCAACAAUGGAUCUGGCGUUAUAUCCUGGUAUGGAACUUCGUCUCCGAGCUUAGGAAGUUGGACAUUAUCAGACGUUUUGAUGCUCGAAGAGAUUGAUGCUGGUUUAAAGCUUACUGAAAGCAAAUACGCAGACAAGCAAGUCAUAGGCGAAUGCUUUACAUCAUUCAAAAUCCCAGAGAGCAUCUCAGAGACUACUUUAUAUACAGUCUAUUGGCUUUGGAACACAUCGGUCAAUACACAGAAUGGGUUUCUGCUAUAUACCUCAUGCAUUGAUAUUGAGAUCAUACUCGAGGUAGAGGAUUCAUUGUCAACCACAGCUCCGCUUGGACCACGAACCACCACGAGCUAUGCCGCAAACGCUCCAAGUAAUACUGGACUUGAGCUAGUAUCAUCCGAUGGGAUAAUUCCGCCCAGUACAUUACCCGUGUCGAGAACUUCGAAUGCUAAUCUGCCAUCUUCGUCAUCGCAAGAAGGACAGACCUCUGCAGUUAGUGCAGAUACUCAAGCUGGCCUGCACAACUCGACACUAUCCCCAACGCGUACAAGCACAAAGGUAUCGUCGGUGGCGUGCACCGCCUCCAGUUCUUCAGCCUCUGCACGUAUGAAGACAACUGCCUCGACUCAAAUCUCAGGCUCGACUCGACUAUCAGUCUACAGAGCUUGGGCCAUCAUUGCAGUCUUGUGUGGCUACGAGAUCGAGCUCCCGGAAAAGUAA